AUGAACAUCACACGCCACCAUGGCAUGCACCAGCCUCUGCGCCUCUGGAACCACAGCUAUGGAUUGCAUGGUGGUGCCAAUGAGUCAAGUGGAAAAGGUUACUCCUCUGGAGGGUGCUAUGAGCAACUUUUUGUGGCCCCGGAAGUGUUUGUGACUCUGGGCUUCAUAAGUUUAUUGGAGAACAUUUUGGUCAUUGUGGCAAUAGCCAAGAACAAGAAUCUGCAUUCACCUAUGUACUUUUUCAUCUGUAGUCUGGCAGUGGCUGACAUGCUAGUGAGUCUGUCAAAUGGAUCAGAAACCAUUGUAAUCACCCUGUUAAACAAUACAGACACUGGUGCACAAAGUUUCACCGUAAACAUUGACAAUGUCAUUGACUCGGUGAUUUGCAGUUCCUUACUUGCAUCCAUUUGCAGCCUGCUUUCAAUAGCUGUGGACAGGUAUUUUACCAUCUUUUAUGCUCUCCAGUACCAUAACAUUAUGACAGUGAAGCGUGUAGGGAUCAUCAUAACAUGCAUCUGGGCUGCUUGCACGGUUUCAGGCAUUUUGUUCAUCAUUUACUCAGACAGCAGUGUUGUCAUCAUCUGUCUUAUCAGCAUGUUCUUCACCAUGCUAGUUCUCAUGGCCUCCCUCUAUGUCCACAUGUUCAUGCUGGCCCGACUGCAUAUCAAAAAGAUUGCAGUUCUUCCAGGGACAGGCACUAUUCGUCAAGGUGCCAACAUGAAGGGGGCCAUCACUUUGACCAUCUUGAUAGGGGUUUUUGUUGUGUGCUGGGCCCCAUUUUUCCUCCACUUGAUUUUCUACAUCUCCUGCCCCCACAACCCAUAUUGUGUAUGUUUCAUGUCCCAUUUUAACUUGUACCUCAUUCUCAUCAUGUGCAAUUCCAUCAUUGAUCCCCUUAUCUACGCAUUCCGGAGUCAAGAGCUCCGGAAAACCUUCAAGGAGAUCAUUUGCUGCUGUUGUCUGCGAGGGCUUUGUGACUUGUCUAACAAAUAUUAA